AUGAAGAACUCGUUGUAUGAUCGUAUCUGGCGUCGGGAGUCGGGUGAUGCGUCGCACUCGGCUAGUAUUCGUGGCGUCUAUGGUUCUAAGGAAUGGGUGGAUGAUCUGGACAUUGUCAAUGAGCUCGGGGGCCACACGGGCUGUGUCAAUGCGCUAUGUUGGUCGCGGUCUGGUCAGCUGCUGGCCUCGGGUUCCGACGAUUUACAUCUCAACAUCUAUUCCUACCAGCCGGAGUCUUCUUCCGCACCCUUUGCGCUCAACACCACCGUCUAUACCGGCCACAAGGCGAAUAUUUUCUCCGUCAAGUUUAUGCCGCACUCCAAUGACCGCACGCUGGUGACCUGCGCCGGCGACUCGCAGGUGCGCGUCUUCGACAUCGAGCAUUCUGCCAGGAGUAAUGUCGCCGCCACGUCCGCCUUCUCGGCCUCGUCCCGGAGUCGGCGCUUCAACAACUUCUUCAGCAAUGCGCGCUAUCUGAAUGAGACCAACACCAACGCCCGAGUGUACCGAAGCCAUGCGGACCGCGUCAAGCGCAUCGUCACCGAGUCGUCGCCCUACCUUUUUCUCACCUGCUCCGAGGAUGGCGAGGUGCGCCAGUGGGAUUUGCGCCAGCCAUCGUCCGCCUAUCCGCAGCCGCGUGGAGGACAGGGCUUCAUGGCGUACCGGCCGGGAUUGGAGCACGACGAUUCGAAUGUCCCGCCGCCGCUGAUCUCGUACAAACGGUGUUGUCUCGACCUCAACACCAUCUCCUGCUCGCCAAGUCAACCGCACUACAUCGCGCUGGGCGGCGCGCAUCUGCACUGCUUCCUGCAUGACAGGCGCAUGCUCGGGCGGGAUCUGCUCGCCGAAAAGGGUCAGCCCGGGAGCUACCCCGAUCUCGGGAACCAGCACCAACAGGAGCUGAUGGGACAGGCCACGCGAUGUGUCCGGAGAUUUGCUCCCAGUGGCAAGAGACGAAUGCACCCGCAGGACAAUGGCCAUAUCACCGCCUGUAAGAUCAGCGACGCCAAUCCGAACGAGAUGGUCGCCAGCUGGUCGGGAGAUCACAUCUACAGUUUUGAUCUGAUUCGAAGCCCCGAUGCCCUCGAUGCAGCAGCCUCAACCGGUGACAAAUCCGCGCAGGGAAGUCCUGGUUCGCGGAAGCGCCGCGGUUCCAAGAACAGGAAGCGCAAGCGAACAAAGGGGGCGUCGCUGUCCUCCCAGUCCAGUGGCCACCGACAUUCCUCCCGGCGCCGCUCCGCGGGAAACAACGGCGACAGCGAGCUGGCGUUCAGAGUGCGCUAUGGUAAUGGCGAGAUGGAGGAUCUUCCGUUUCCUUCGCUGUCCGAGACCGUGUCCGAUGCCCCGCCGCAGAGCGUUCUGGAACAGGCGCAUUAUUCCGUACUCAACGAGGCGCAGCGACUUAGCAUGCGGAUCGCCAAAGGACUGGUCAAACUGCGCAAGGCCCUCUUCUCCUUGGAAGUGUCAGUGCGCGAAGCCACCGAGUCUUCGGCCGACUCGGGUUUGACCCCGUACACGGAAUCUUUCUCGACUGCACUAACCCAUGCAGCGGAGUACUUGCCCCAGAUGAGCGAGAUCAUGCGGACAUGGAGAUACCCUCUGGAUCCGAGCCCAGAAACUGUGGACUUCCAACAGUCCCUGCGGUGGAACCGCGAAACCGCCUGGCGGUUCGUGCAGGCCGCUGGGACGGUGGCCCGGUUCUUAGGAGGUGAGAUCCGAAGCUCUUCCGAGGAUGAGACUGCGCCAAUGAACCUCUUCCGGCAGAUUGUCCCCGCGCCCGGCGAGAGCAAUGUAAUUGGAACAAAAGAGCAGUUUGGAUACGACUUCGUCAAAGCCAUUUUGCUGUUCUUUGAAGGGGGGAGGGGCGCAGUAUUGGCCGGUUUCAAGACCAACGCUUUCCAGCGCCGCAAUUCGCCGCGGUGUCCGAUCCCCGAAGCAGCCGACGACAGCGCCAUUGAGUCAGUCCUGAUCCCCUACCUCCAGAGUCUGGCGGGCGACUUCCCUGUGGUGAACGUGGACGCCUCGCGAUUCGAACAUGACAGUUCCCGCGUCUUGUUUCAGACACAGCACGCCGCCGUUGUCGCCUUUGCAAACGCUUUGAGGUUGCCCCUUGAGGACUUGGGCGAUGCCGCAGCCAGAGUCAACGGUCACAACGGGCCGGACACUGCUCAUGUGCAGGCCCUGGACCGCGCUUCGUCCAUGCGAUUCUGGGUCCUGAAGGUCGCAAGAGGCGUUUUAAUGGAGACCGGCACUGGGGUCAAUUAUGCUUUUGUGAAUCGGGCCUUUGGUGGCUUGCGCACCGAGAUCGCAGAUGGGUCGGACAGCGAGCUUGGGCAGGAGAGAUUACAGGACGAGGUGGACGGCAGUGUUGACGAAGAGUCGGUGCAGGAUGUCCGCCUGGUGGUGCCUGGCUCCUCGGUGAACGGCAAUCAUGGACGACCCGGGAAUGGCAGAAGGUCUGGGCUGGGGGCAGCUUCAACGAACGGAGGGACCGAGGCCAGCGACGAUAGCUUUCUUGACCGCCAAAGUACAGAUAUGGGUAGCAACGACGAACCUGACGAGUCCGCAGAAGACGAAGACGAAGACGAAGAGGAUGACGACGACUCGGACAUGGAUCUGGGAGGGCUAUCCGAUGUCGAUGACGACGAGGAUGAGGAUGAGGCCGAGGAGCGACUAAUCAACCGAUACGGAUUCCGGCGGACGCGCAGAGAGGAUGUGGAGCUCGACGUGCCUUGUUCCUCGCAUUCUCGAGUAUACCGGGGCCAUUGCAACAUCAAAACCGUCAAAGAUGUCAAUUACUUUGGGCUUAACGAUGAAUACGUGAUGAGCGGCAGUGACUCGGGCCACAUCUUCAUCUGGGAUCGCAAAACAACCGAUCUUGUCAAUAUACUCGAGGCGGAUAGCGACGUUGUCAACGUUGUGCAGGGACAUCCAUAUGAGCCCACCAUUGCCGCCUCUGGGAUAGAUAACACCAUCAAGAUCUUCUCGCCUGACCGCUAUUCGCAGGAGAAUGCUCGCCGCGGCAUUAAUAUCCUGGACCCCGACAACCCGGCAAACACGCUCGGUUCGAACGUCGCUGGCAUCGGCGGGUUGAAGAGCCGCAAGCGGAUCCAUGACAGUUAUCGGAUCAUGAGCCAAAACGACGUCGAUCGCCAAGGGGGCAUGAGCGAGGCGCACAUUACUAGGAGUAUGCUAGCCCAGCUUGCUGCAACCUUGCGACAGCGACAAACCCACGGCGGCGAAGGAGUGGUAGACGGCGCAGGCGAGGGCGCGACCAUCGUCCUAGACGAGAAUUGCAGUGUAAGUUUCUGA